UGCUGCAUCUGCCCAGCCAGCAUGAACUGCAGCUGACAGAGUGCCAGUGGCACCUGAGUUGUCUGCUGAGCCCCGGCACAUCUCCUCUCGCCUUUCUCAGCCCAGCCCCCCCCCCCUUUUUUCCCCCCCCAGGGGUGUGGAGCUCGGAAAUGACCGACUGGAACAAAAAUAUGGAAGUUAAACACGACCGCCUGCCGGAGGAGCCUUACGAUCAGCUGAAACUGAAAACCGGAGCCAAGGAAGCUACCCCGAGCCCUCCCCGGGCGGCGAGCAACUUGUACAGCGCUGCCAAGAAGAAGGAUUACACCGUGUCCGUCUACCUCGAUAACAAGUCGAAAAGCGAGCAUUCACAACAGAAGUGCAUCGUAGGCUUUGCCCUGGUGUGCUGUUUUGCCAUUUCUGUUGCACUGAUAUUUUCAGCUGUGGAUAUUCCAGGUAGGAGCAGCAACGCAGAAGACAUUACAGAGGACAACUGCAAUAGGAAUUGCCGGGUCCAUCUUGUGGAAAACAUUCCAGAUGGCCUGGACGACAUUAACAAUGCUACUAGGCGCAUCCCAUUGUUUCAAGGAUGGAUAGAUUUGCUGGAUGCUGCUUUGUACAGUGUUGACAUUGUCUCUUCCAAUUGGGCUCUGAGGAAUGGGAAACUGGACCACAACCAUUCCUUGUCCCACAGGGGUGAAAAGAUAUUUGAGAAGCUACUUCAGCUGCAGUCUCGUAACAUUGCGCUGCGAGUCCCAGUCAAUAAAUUCCAGUAUGGGUCCCAGGACACAAAAGAACUGAAAGCCAAUGGUGCUUUUGUGAAAUACAUCAAUAUGGCUCCCAUUAUCGGCGGAAAGCUUCAUUCGUCUUUCUGGGUGGUGGACAGAAAGCACAUUUACAUUGGCAGUGCGCACAUGGACUGGCGCUCUCUAACUCAGAUGAAGGAGCUGGGAAUUAUUAUGUACAAUUGUAGCUGCCUGGCUCUGGAUCUGCACAGAGUCUUCUCAGUGUACUGGCAGCUGGAGUUCCGAGACUCAGUGCCUGAAAUCUGGUCGAAGAAACUGUUUGCCAUCUCCAGUGAACAUUCGCCUCUCAAGUUACAGCUGAACGAGGUUGAAGCUGAGGUCUACCUGGCCACCUCUCCGGCCCUUCUGUGCCCCAAUGGCCGUACCAGUGACAUCGAUGCUGUUCUCAGGGUUAUUGCCAGUGCCAGGAGAUUUAUACACGUAGCUGUCAUGGAUUUUCUGCCUCUUAUCAACAACACCAAUGUUCUGAGGUACUGGCCUCUGAUAGAAAACGGGUUGCGGGAAGCUCUCUUUCUGCGGAAUGUGAAGGUGCGACUGUUGGUCAGCUGCUGGAAGGAAACGUAUGCGCCAAUGCUCAAUUUUCUGUGGUCUCUCAAAAUGUUCUGCAUUAAACCCAUCAACUGCAGCUUUGACGUGAAAUAUUUUGUUAUUCCGACUUCAGAAGGAGAAGAGGACAUGUUUUCUAGCGUAAAUCGCAACAAGUACAUGGUGACGGAUAAAGCAGUGUAUAUCAGUUCCUCUGACUGGGUUGGGGAUGACUAUGUGGAAAACACAGGGGUGAGCCUGGUCAUUGAACACAAACGGAGCAGAUGGCUAAAGGACACGGCAUCAGUUCACCAGGAACUACAAGCAGUGUUUGAGAGAGACUGGAAUUCCAAAUAUGCCCGAAGCUUAGAAAUAAAUACCUUUUUAGAGUGCUUGAACCAUAGGAAAUAUCGACGCAACACACCUUAAUUUAGCCUGGAGAAAAUAAAGCCUGUUUACUUGAAGUAGGGGCAGUAGAGUAGCAGGUGUACAGGAGAUAGACGGGGGGGAAACAGGAGUACAGGAUUUUGUGACUUAAGAAUUGGGUUCAGUCGAAGCAUUUUAUCAAAUCUACUAGAUUACAUGAAGCAACUAAGGACAAUGAUAAUUCAGCAGGCUUCGAAUGUUGAUGGUUCCACACUCACAUUUCCUGGAUAUAAUCCCUAUUAAUACUCUAACAUGCUUUUAAGUGACUUUGUUAGGUUCAACACAGUAUUGAAUAAAUAUUCUAGUGAUCACUGUAAGUUUAAAGGGUGCCAGGAACUGUUGCCCCAUGAGCUUCAGGAGACCUCCACCUGUGAAGGAAACUUCACCUGUGAGCCUGAUGCCAAAUUAUCGGGAUUUCUGAAUAGUUGGAUAGUGGAUUAUCGGAGCUUUACUGUAAUGAUAUAAAUGUAGAUUUUCCAUGGUCGUACAAUAGUCCCAAUAACCUCUCCAUGUAUCCAGAGAGCAGUGACUUAUCUGCAUGGGUUAGAAAUUGUAUACAUUUAGAGAGUUGAAACUUUAUUGAACAAUUGACAUAAGGCAUUGCGGUUUUUAUAACUGAGCACUUGUUUUCAUCAGAUUUAAAUGGUGUAAUUAACAUUACACACUAUUACCAAAGAUCCUAUAGCAAGCAAGAUAGACCGCUCCUGCUAAAUGCAAUGGGCUGACGUGUAGUACGCAACGGAGCGGAACGUGGGCCUU